UGGGCAGUGUUCAUUCGCGUGGUGACUCGCUGUAAGGCAGCACGGUGCCGAGUAGGAAGGAGAUCGGCAGCCGCGCUUGAACUCCUGAGGAGUCACUGUCCUGUCUCGGUACCAAGCUGCCAUGCUCGUCCAUUCCGGGGAGUGUAGAGGCUUGACAGCUCUCAGCAAUGUAGUCGGCGGCGGCGCCGGGGACGAGUGGGCGCUGUGAAGCCGAGAGGUGGCCCGGAUGGGCUGUAUACGCGGGCUGCAAUGACCCGCCUGUGCUCCCCAAGCCGGCCUUGUAGCCUGCUUGUCCUUGCUUUGCUGCAACUGGCUUUCGUCCUCUUCCUGUACCGCCGCAGCCUCUCCAACUCCUUCACCAGUCUGCUGUAUGAGGAUGACCACGGCGGCCACUGGGAUUACACGAAAACCCACGACGUUUACACCAACCUCAGCCUGAUCACCCCAGGUCCUGACCGGGAAACUUUAGUACAGUGUCCCGCCCAGUCGCCGCUGCUUGUUGGACCACUGACAAUCAGCUUUCAGAAAAUUCCAAUUAUGAGAAAAAUUGAAAGAAAAAAUCCGUAUGUAAAAUCUGGUGGGCGGUAUACUCCUCCAUACUGCAAAGCUUGGUAUAAGACAGCAAUUCUUGUUCCUCAUCGAAACAGGGAGCCACAUUUGCGCCAACUUCUAUAUUAUCUUCAUCCAUUCCUGCAGCGUCAACAACUUCAAUAUGCAAUAUAUGUCAUCCAUCAGACCGGAAAUCGUACAUUUAACAGAGCAAAACUGCUUAAUGUUGGAGUGAGAGAAGCACUAAAGGAUGAAGACUGGGACUGUCUGUUUCUACAUGAUGUUGACCUAAUUCCUGAGAAUGAUCACAAUUUGUACGUUUGUAAUAAAAGAUACCCCAAGCAUGUAUCCAGUGCUAUGAAUAAAUUCAAGUACAGGCUACCUUAUAGGAUGUAUUUUGGUGGUGUUUCAGCCUUGACUCCUGAUCAGUACAUGCGAAUUAAUGGCUUCCCAAACACAUACUGGGGUUGGGGUGGAGAAGAUGAUGAUAUCUCUGCUAGGAUUUACUUUGCAGGAAUGAAGAUAAUUCGAACACCCCUCUCACUUGGACAUUACAAAAUGAUAACACACAGUAUGGAUGUGGGUAAUGAAAAAAAUGAGAAAAGAUUUGACAUGGUAGUGAAGGUAUCAAAGUCAUGGCGAUCUGAUGGAAUGAAUUCUAUCGACUAUAGUUUACUUAAUAGAGAAGAACUUCCUUUGUAUACCAACAUUACAGUGGACUUUGGAAACAGCCCAAAUGUUUAGGUGAAAGGUCAACUGCAAUGUCAGUCUAUUAUAUAAAGCUAAUAGUAUGCUUUAAGGGGUUUCUCUAAAUGCUGUAACAAAUGGAAGUUACUGGAUAUGCUGGAAAUCCAAAGACAGUCAUGAAGUCUGAAGAGACAAAUAUAAACUCACUGCAUCAUAUUCUUUCUUUGGGAGUUGUAUUCAGAAUAAUAUUGCAGAUUUUUCAAACAUUACUGUUUGAUAAUUGUCAUCUGUGGAAAACUUUUGUUAUUUAUUAUUUAUGAUAUGUCUAUUUGUGCACAUUGAAAACCUAAAUUGUGUGACUUUCAGGAUAAAGUUAUUGAAUGGUUAAUUUAUAUUAUUAAACAUUUAGCUUCAUGUUUUGGAAAAUCACAUGGUCAACUUCAUAACUGCUUCUGCAGUGGAAUUUAAGAAGUCAAUAAGCCAAAGGAAAUUGAUAAAUUUAUACAUUUUUAUGAAUGUUGCAUCUUAACUAUUCCCUUUCAAAAUUACAGCUUUAAAUGGCCACAAUAUUGUUAUAAUAAUAAGAAAAUGUAUACAAAUACAUGAAAUUUGUCAUAAUAUGUAUAUCUGGUUUGCAUGUUAUUUUCAUACUUCAAUAUUCAUCAACACUUGUAGGGUGCACUAUGGGUUUGCGAUCAAUCUGCUAAUGGGUUUCACUUUGAAGUUAGGAGUUUUUUAAAAUGAAAACUUGAAAAUAAAUUUGGUUCUGAUACAUAGAAGUACUUGCAUAUAUGCAAUAUAUUAAUGAGAGUGUCAGUUUGAAAAAACUAUCACUUAAUCUGUAUACGUUAUUUCUAUUACAUUUUUUAGUAAGUUAUCUUUUCUGUGCUGAAUGCUAUUUUGAUUCCUUAGUGCUAGUCAUUUACUAUGAUUGUCUUCUAUUAAGUUAAAUAUUUAUCGCUACAUAAAGUGGUCAGAUUUGUUCUUUACUCAAGUCUUAUCCCCUCUUUUCAUUUUUCCUCUUGCAGUUCUUAACAUGUAGUUACUUUUUCUAUUGACUUAUAGGUAGCACUAUCUGUCUGGCUUCCAAAGGAACAUAAAUAUUUCUCACAAAAUGCAGCCUGCUGACUUCCCCCAUGCCUUUUUGUUUAUUAUUUUAAGUAUGUGACUUGUGUCAGCAAUUUGCCUAGAACAAAUCCUCUGCCUCUGAUCACAUUGUGGCAAUAUAUUAUCCAAUUGAGAUGACUUGUUUCUACUAAAUAGAAUGGAAUUCUGUAGCACAGCUGUGUACCCAUUUCUGUUUUAUGUAUGUAUUUCCAGGUUCUUGCUGUUAACUUAUAUGAAAAUGACAUUAUUGAACUGAGUUCAUUUGAAAUUGUAAUAUAGCUGCAAAGUAAAAUUGAUCCAAAAGGGUAUCUAUUUUUAAUGUAAUAAAAUGUUGGGAAUGCUUGGAGGGCUAAGUAGCAUCUUUGGAAGAAAAACUAGUGUCUGUCAUUGAUCUCAAACUUAACCUUGUUUCUCUUAAGUUGCUGCUUGAUCAGCUAAGCAUUAUUUAAGUUUUCCAGUAACUGCAGUAUUUUGCUUUUAUCUUGUAAUUUAAGUUAGAUUUCUGGGAAGCCAUAAAAUCCUGCACUGAAGGUAGUCAUUUUGCCCAUUGUGCCUUUUGUCACCUUUUUAGAAGAGCUAUAUAAUUAGUUUUCACUUAAUUACUCACUAAAACCCAGCAAAAGUUCACUUUUUAGGCAGAAAACUAAUUCCACUUUUGAAAUCUAAAUUUAUACUUGUAAUUCGCUGUGAGCUCUUAUCACUCCUUUGCUUUCAUCUGGUGGUCUAUUGUAGGGAUGAAAGCGAAGGGAUGUUUCUGUACAUCCAUGGUGAAACCUGUGUCUUUUAAAUACUAAUGUUCUUUGUUGACAAAACAAUUUCUCUACAUUCAUUCUAAUGUAAAUGCCUCAGUUGUUAACACAUGUUCAAUCUCCCUUCUUUUUAGGGAGAACAAUUUUGUUUUCUGCAGAUUACAAAAAGCCCUCACCUCUAUUAUCAUUGUAAUUUAAAAAGAUGUUCAAGGCCAUGGUUUUGCUUAAGGUGUAUGUUUAUACUUCAAGUACACUGGUUAUGUUAUUGAAUAUAUGCAAGGAAUACUCAACAGUAAGUAAAUGGUAGUUACCAGAUGAGAAAAAAUAAUUUUGUUCAUUUUCAAACUAUACUGAUAGUCAUUCUGUGUUCAUUAAAUAGAUUACAGAUGAAACAAAGCAAUGCUUAAGAUGAUUAUUCAACUGGUUCAAGUGCCCUUUGCUUGCCAAAACUUAGUAGAAAAGAAGAUUAUUUGAAAACUAUAAUAUUACAGUAGGGAUCUUUCAUGAAGACCCAUCAAAGAGCUUGUUGCAGACACUUGAAGGGUUGAAGGGUUUUCUUCAUAGUGAAUGAGAAUUCCACAACUUUUCCUUGCCUUGUAUUGUUUUAAGUUUGUUUCUAAUUUGAACAUUUACUCAUGGAGCUUUUGUUCACAUCCCUGUUUAAAUGGCAUAUGUUGGCAAUUGUUGUCCAAGAUCUGUUUUGGGUGUAUUAAAAUAUCUGAAAUUUG